GUGAUAUCUGAUAAAUAUUUAAAUGAACUGAACAAGUGUUGUCAAGGUCUAGUUAUUUGCAAGAUAAAAGAAAAAAGAUUAAGAAAUGUCGACUACUCCAAGUUCUAGUGGAGAUACAAAGAAACAAAAGACGAGUAAAAGAAAAGUCAUGUCAAAAGACAACGAUCAAGAAUGCCUCCAAGUUGCUACAAAUGUAACCGAACAAAAGCAUCAUGUGAGUAGAGAACUUCGCGGUCAAAAUUUGGGAUUAUGUCGAGGAUUUCGUGGAUGCACGGUUUGGUUGACUGGAUUAUCUGGUGCUGGUAAAACAUCGAUUGCAUUUGAGCUUGAAGCAUUCCUAGUGUCGAAAGGAAUUCCAGCUUAUGGUCUUGAUGGCGAUAACAUUCGAACUGGAUUAAACAAGAAUCUCGGCUUCUCUCAAGUAGAUCGAGAAGAAAAUAUUCGACGAGUAGCGGAAGUUGCUAAGCUCUUCGCUGAUUCGGGCGUUGUGUCAAUUUGUAGCUUCGUUUCACCUUUCAGCGAAGAUCGUGACAUGGCUCGAAAAAUCCACAAAGAUGCUGAUUUAAAAUUCUACGAAAUAUUCGUUAACACACCCUUGGCAGUCUGUGAAUUACGUGACGUUAAAGGUUUAUACAAGAAAGCACGUGAAGGAUCAAUUCAGGGAUUCACUGGUGUCACUCAAGCUUAUGAAGCGCCAGAACAUCCUGACUUAGUUGUCACAACUGAAAAAGUGUCAGUGAAGGAAUCAACAGAACAAUUAGUUAAUCUCUUGAUAGCUGAGAAUAUCAUUCCGAAUUAUAUUCGUGAUAAUGGCGAUCAAAUCAAGGAACUUUUAGUUCCAGAACAUCGUCGUGCGAUAAUCACUGCUGAAGCGAAAACACUUCAAACCCUUAAAAUCAGUGAAGUUGAAUUGCAAUGGCUUCAAGUUCUAUCAGAAGGUUGGGCUUCACCUUUGAACGGCUUCAUGAACGAAAAUGAAUAUCUUCAAACAUUACAUUUUAAUUGCUUAUUGUCGGAAGAUGCUACAGCGAGAAAUAAUCACUCCAUCCCGAUUGUGUUAUCGUUAACUGAUCAAGACAAAAAGCGUCUGGAAGAUGUAAGUGCAAUGACCUUAAUCUACGGCAACAAGCCCGUCGCUAUUCUUCGUAAUCCUGAGUUUUAUUAUCAAAGAAAAGAAGAAAGAUGCAGUCGACAGUUUGGUACAACGAACAAAGAUCAUCCAUACGUUAAAAUGAUUUAUGAAUCUGGUGACUAUUUAGUUGGUGGAAGCUUAGAAGUACUCGAAAGGAUUAAAUGGAAUGAUGGAUUAGAUCAAUACCGAUUAACGCCAAGAGAAAUUCGUAAGAAAAUGAAUGACAUUGGCGCUGAUGCUGUGUUUGCAUUUCAACUUAGAAAUCCAAUUCACAAUGGGCAUGCAUUGUUGAUGAAGGAUUGUCGAAGACAAUUAUUGGAAAGGGGAUUCAAGAAGCCGGUUCUCUUAUUGCAUCCGCUUGGAGGUUGGACGAAGGAUGAUGACGUUCCAUUGCCAGUUCGAAUGGCACAACAUCAAGCGGUCAUGGAUGCGGGAAUUUUAGAUAGGGAAAAUACAAUUCUCGCAAUCUUCCCAUCGCCAAUGAUGUAUGCGGGACCAACAGAAGUUCAAUGGCAUGCAAAAUCACGAAUGAAUGCUGGAGCUACGUUUUACAUCGUUGGAAGAGAUCCUGCUGGAAUGCCACAUCCUGAUAAGGAAAUGUAUCCUGAUGGGAAUCUUUAUGACGAUACGCAUGGAAGUCGCGUGCUUAAAAUGGCUCCUGGAUUAGAUAGCAUUGAAAUUCUCCCAUUCCGAGUUGCUGCUUAUGACACAACAAUCAAACAAAUGGCGUUCUUUGAUCCAAAACGCAAGGAAGAUUUUCUUUUCAUUUCUGGAACGAAAAUGAGAACUUUUGCGAAAACCGGUGAACUGCCACCAGAUGGUUUCAUGGAACCGAAAGCAUGGAAUAUUCUGGCUAAUUAUUAUCGAUCAUUAAGCAAAAAUUGAAAAUGUUUUGAAUAAUAUUUUUACGAAUUUUUAUUGUUUUUGAACUUUAACUUGCAAUUUCUUGGAAAAAGAUCAAAUCUUAUCCCUUAAAUUACAUCGUUUAAUUAAUUUUAUCAAUUUUAUUAUCCUUUUUUGGUGGUAGAUAAAGUAAAAACUGUAAAAUAUUAAAAGGAAUGAAAACCAGACAAUGCAAUUUUAAUAUAAAUUUCAAUACGAUUGACUUCACUUUUAGUGGGGUUUCGUAUUUAAUGUUGACACGUACGUUACUUAUUAUCUACCUGCAUCAUGUUUUUAGCAAACAUUUAUUAUUAUUACAAUUAAAGCAUUUAUGAUUUAAAACAAUUUUUAUUUAAGAACAAUUUAUUUUAUUUUAUUUUUUGUUUAUUUCAUUUCCAUAAAUUUUUAACGCUGGUGACGCAAAAUGAUCAAACAAAUUUGUUAUCAAUCAAAAUGCCUUAUGGCAUUUGAUUGUUAUCAAUUGAUGAGAAACGUGCAUAACUACGCAAAUCACGUUCAUGACACGAAGUCUGAAGAUUUUUGAAAAGUGUUUCAUGGAUAUUUAUUUUGAGUGGCUAUGAUUAGAUUUGAAAUAU